AUGCAACUGCGGGCGCUCGACGCAGCACUCAUCACCCUCGCCCUCCUUGCCGCCACCUACACCACCUACACCUCGUCGAGCCUCACCCUCACGCCCGCGCUCACCCUUCCGCUCGACGCGUCGCGGGCGUACGCCAAUGGCCACUACCCGCUCGAAUCCGAGCGCCUUCCACCGCCGCUCGUUGUCGACGUGGCCGGCGACGCCCGCGCCGAAAUCGUCCUCGCCCGCCCGGUCCCGCCCUCGGUCGAAGUCCACUCGCUCGCCGACGGCAAGCUCGCCUCGGCCUCGCUAGUCUCGCGGCUGCGGACCUCGGUCUCGCGCCGCCCGGUCGCGCUGGGCGCCGGCUUUGUCACCCCGCGGACAACCGCAUCGCUGCCUGGCCCGCCCCGCUCCCGCAUCGUUGUUGUCCUUACCCAAGACUGGACCGUCCUCGCCUUUGAUGGCCCGUCGCUCGAGCCGCUGUGGGAGACCUCGCUCGCCGACGAGGUUCCGGACUGGCUCACACACCGUGCCGCAGCGCUCCUUGUUACCGCCGCCGAUGGCGGGACUGUCGUCGUCGGCGGCCGCGUCGACGGGCAGGAGGUCAUGGACGCCUCGCUGAGGACCCAGAGCUACGCCGAUACCGAAGACGUGAGCGAGAGCGCCGAGAGUGGCAACGGCGUCCCGUCCGAUAACGGCGACGGGCAGUCGGCGUCCAACAUUCCCGACGACGACUACGACACGACGGCCUCGGUCGCCGCCGCCAACCACUUUUCCUACUUUGCGCUCGAGGGCGGCAGCGGGAAGCUCAAGUGGGCCCACUCGGGCGCCUCGUUCCACGACGAUGCCCACUCGCCGCACUACGUCCCGCACGUCGACGGUGAGGCACACACCGGCGAAGUUCCCUGGCGCGAGUACCGUGCCGCCGUCCUCGCCCACCUCCCGCACCGAUGGGCGCUCCGCGAGCACACCUCGCUCUCGGUCGCCCACUUUGCCAAGGGCGCUGCCCGCCCGCCAACCCGCGCCGAGGGUCUGGAGCUCGUUCAUCUCGCCGGCAUCUCGCUCGAGGACUUUGGCAUUGCACCGCACGACGAGGCCGAACACGUUGUUUCGCCCAACGUCAUCGUCGCCCAUCUGGAAAAGGGCGUCGAGGUCCUGCACCUCGACUCGGGCGCGACGCUGCUGCAGCUCCCGCUCGCACCGGGCGCGGUGUACGCAGACGUCAACGGUGACGGCAUUAUCGACAAGGUGACGGCAUCGACCUCGCCGCGCCGCGGCCUCGCCGGCCCAGACUGCCUCGGCGUAGCCGCGUCCGGCACGCCCACUGUCUCGCCGCUCUUCAACGUCUCCAUCUGCGACGUCACCGUCCGCGGCGAGCUCGAGCGGAUGGCCCGCGGC